ACUAUUGGAACCAGUAAAAAUUCAUUAAACAUUUACAUUGGGAUGCAGUGUGAUUAUGGCCCAUUUCGUCGAUUGCCAUCAAAGCAUUUUGCAACUCCUUCAAAGUCCUUCUAGUUGUUGGUGGUACUGAGCCUUGCAUGUACAACAGUUCAAAGAAUCGGGACAUCCAUUCCUUUUACAAAACAAAUCAGAAGGGAUAUGGAUGACAGUAUGGAGGAGAGGUUUCUUGCACAAAAAGAAGAAGACGCGACUGAUCAUGAUGAUCUGAGAAGAAGACUUUGGAUUGAAUCAAAGACUAUAUGGAGAGUCGCAUUCCCAUCCAUAUUGUCAAGGGUAAGUUCAUUUGGAAUGAUUGUUGUGACACAGUCAUUUCUCGGACACAUUAGCGAGGUAGAGCUUGCCGCAUAUGCACUCCUACAAAGCAUUCUAGUCAGGUUCAUGUAUGGGAUUGUGAUUGGCAUGUCGAGUGCAACCGAGACUCUGUGUGGGCAAGCAUUUGGAGCAGGGCAUCACCACAUGAUGGGAAUUUACCUGCAACGAUCAUGGAUUGUCGACGGUAUCACAGCAACAAUAUUGGCACCUCUCUUCAUAUUCGUGACGCCAAUCUUUAGACUUCUUGGCCAGGAGGAGGAACUAGCAGUUGCAGCCGGGCCAAUCGCUCUGUGGUUUAUUCCGAUGAUCUACAGUUUUGUGAUGUCUUUGACUAUCUCGAUGUUCUUACAAGCACAACUCAAGAAUUUGAUCGUGGGAUGGGUAUCGACUGCAGCAUUCGCGCUUCAUGUGUUAUUGUCAUGGAUGUUUGUGUACAAAUUGAACUGGGGAGUUAAUGGGGCAAUGGCUUCAAUGGUUAUAUCUGGUUGGACAUCGGUUGCAGGGCAGGUGGUGUAUGUCUUUGGAGGUUGGUGUCCUAAUACAUGGAAAGGAUUCUCUAAAGCUGCUUUCUGUGAUCUAUUGCCUGUAGUAAAGCUCUCAAUAUCCUCCGGAGUCAUGAUUUGCUUGGAAUUGUGGUACUAUUCCAUUCUAGUAUUAGUGGCUGGAUACAUGAAAAAUGCAACCAUUGCCAUAGAUGCUUUCUCCAUCUGCCUCAGUAUCAAUGGAUGGGAAUUUAUGGUCUGCCUUGGCUUCUUAGUUGCAGCAAGCGUGCGCGUCUCGAAUGAAUUGGGGAAAGGAAAUGCUAAGGCAGUGAAUUUCGCCAUAAAAACCAUCCUCGGCACUUCAACAUGCAUUGGUGUUGUCUUGUGGAUACUGUGCCUAGUUUUCCGAAGUAAAAUUUCAUACUUGUUUUCCAGUAAUGAAGAAGUUGCAGAAGCUGUGUCAAGCCUCUCAAUUCUUCUCGCUUUCUCAAUCUUACUCAAUAGUGUUCAGCCAGUUCUAUCAGGUAUAGCCACAGGAGCUGGUUUACAAAGCAUGGUAGCAUAUGUGAACUUGGGAUCCUAUUAUGUAGUAGGAAUACCUAUAGGAAUUUUGCUUGGAUACGUUGCUCAUCUUCAAGUUAAGGGACUAUGGAUUGGAUUGCUGAGUGGAGUGGCAAUGCAAACGCUUAUUCUGGCUUGGCUUGUAUGGAAAACAGACUGGGAUGAGCAGGUAAGGAAGGCAUCUGAACGUCUCAACCGGUGGCUCUUGAAACCGCCAGAGGAAGUUAAUGGGAGUCCACCUCAUGCUUAGAAGCUAAAUCAAAUGAAUGAUACUAUUUGUAAUACUAGUACAUAUUUCUUUUGGCUGAGAAAAGCAAAACAGAAACGUAAAACGUAAGGAUAUCUCUGUAGACCAUAUAUAGCACCUUACUAUGACAUAUAGGAAUCAAAUCAUAAGCAAUCAGUUGGGAUCCGUUUUGCAUUAA